GCCAUUCUUUUGUUCAUGGAAAAAUUGUCAAAAACGAUUUGCAAAUAAAUUUUUACUUAAAAAACAUCAUUUUAUUCAAUCUGGAUUGAAACCACACAUUUGCCAAUUUUGUAAGAAACCUUUCAACCGAAAAGACAAUUUAUUACGGCAUAAAAAGACCCAUUUACAAAACGGAAUGAGCUCAUCAGAAGGAAUUAAACGAAGACAUAAUAUGCUUAGAGGAAUAACAGAACAAAUGGCUAUUGAAUUACAACUUUUGCCGCUUAACAGUCGGGAAGGUAGACAAAGAGGAAUUAAUAAUGAUAAUAGAAGGGCUAAAAUGGGAGGGGGAGGAACACAAAGAAUAGCUAGUAGUUCGAGUUGUAGUGAUGAAUGUGGAGGAAAUAUUAAUUAA